ACUAGAAGCAACACUGGCUGUCACGUGUAUAACAUAACCUUGUUUAUCUGUGACAUAACCUCACAAAAUGGGGAAGAAACGUAAACUAAAAACCGAAAACGACGAGUACGAAUUCGACCCCACACCCAAGCACCUCACACAAACCCAUCUCAAAAACCAAGAAAAGCGCCUUAUUAUCAUCCUUGAGGGGGCACAGCUCGAGACGGUCAAGGUGGGGAACAAGUUCGAGUUGCUUAACUGUGACGACCACGUGAGCAUUUUAAAAAAUUCGGGCCGCUCACAAGCUCUCUACCGGCCGGAUAUAACGCACCAGUGCCUCCUAAUGCUGUUUGACAGUCCCCUGAACAGGGCCGGACUGUUGCAAGUGUACGUCCAUACGGAAAACAACGUGCUCAUUGAGAUCAACCCCCAGACCCGCAUACCACGGACUUUCAAGCGGUUUGCGGGUCUCAUGGUGCAGUUGUUGCACAAAUACUCGAUUCGGGCCGAAAGUGGCCCCAAGUUACUGAAAGUUAUCAAGAAUCCGGUCACUGACCAUCUCCCCGUCGGCAUAAAGAAGUACGCAAUGUCUUUCUCGUCAAAUAAAACAGUGAAGUGCGCAGAGCUCGUCCCGAAAAACGAGGACCCCGUGGCCGUUGUCGUGGGGGCCAUGGCUCGAGGGAGUGUGAAUGUGGAUUAUACUGAAGAGACGCUUUCCAUUAGCAAUUAUCCGCUUUCUGCGGCACUUACUUGUACGAAACUUUGCUCAGCGUUUGAGGAACAGUGGGGUGUGCAUUAAGGGUUAGUUUUAGGAACAGUUUUAAAAUGUAUUUUGUAAGAAAAUAAUCAUUAAAUAUUACACAAAUA